AUGCUUUUAAAGGGUCCCGAUCUGCUAACAUCACUUCCAGCCGUUCUGAGCCGUUACCGACAGCGACAGAUAGCCAUCAGUGCUGACAUCAAAGAGAUGUUUCACCAACUUCGAAUUCGAGAGAGCGAUAAGCAUUCCCAGCGAUUUCUAUGGCGCGAAAAUCCGUUGCAAAUUCCUGAGGUGUUCAUUAUGGACCGAGCCACCUUUGGGUCUAGCUGUUCUCCAAGUUCGUCUCAGUACAUCAAGAAUUUGAACGCCGAAGAGUACUCUACAGAAUUUCCGGAGGCAGCAGAAGCUAUAAUCAACAACCACUAUGUGGACGACUAUCUAGAUAGUCGUGAUACCGAAGAUGAAGCGAUUCGUAUUGCUCGGGAAGUGAAAUUUGUUCAUUCCAAAGAAAGUUACGGAAAUCUGCAGAUGCACGCCUUUGUAGAUGCCAGCGAGGCAGCUUAUGCUUCCGCCGUCUACUUCCGUAUUGAAGACCGUGGCGCUGUACGGUGCGCUCUUGUUGCAGCAAAAUCGAAGGUAGCUCCUUUGAAGCCACAGACGAUUCCCCGCCUAGAACUGCAGGCUGCAACUCUUGGAUGUCGUUUGGCUGUUACUGUUGAAAACAAUCACACUCUACAGAUUACUCGUCGUUUUUUCUGGAGUGACUCUACCACUGUUCUAUCCUGGAUUAGAUGUAUAGACCCUAGAAGGUAUACACCUUUCGUAACCUUCAGAGUUAGUGAUAUUUUGUCACAAUCGAAUGUUGCUGAUUGGAAAUGGGUACCGACAGCGGAAAACGUAGCAGAUGAAGCUACAAAAUGGGGAAAAGGACCUAACUUAAGCUCAAACAGUCGUUGGUUUGUUGGACCAGAGUUUCUCUACAAACCAGAGACUCAGUGGCCAAUACAAGGAUCACAUGCACCCGACACAUCUGAAGAGCUUCGUUCGAGAUACGUUUCUCAUCACGUGGAGAAAAGGCCGGUUGUUGAUAUUCGCCGAUUUUCCAAAUGGGAGCGCCUGUUACGAAGUUUAGCAUAUGUUCAUAGAUUUCUGGAUAGCUGUCAACGAAAGCGUCGAGGUGAAAUGGGCGACAAUAGUGAUAUAUUGCUUUCCGAGCAAAUUCAGAAAGCUGAAACGAGUCUAUGGCGUCUGGCUCAAAAUGAGACCUUUCUUAAUGAAAUUGUCGUGCUCACCAACAAUAGUAAACUUCCACCGAAGUUGCAAAAAAGGUUGGAUAACACAAGCUCCCUACGGAAGCUGAGUCCAUUUUUGGAUGAAUCAGGGGUGAUUCGAAUGGAAGGACGUAUUGUCGAGGCUCACUAUGUUCCAUAUGAGGUUAAAUUUCCGGUAAUUCUUCCGAAGGAUCAUACUGUUACGUUAUUACUGCUAGAUUGGUACCAUCGAAAAUACGGUCAUGGUUACGGAGAAACAAUUGUCAAUGAAGUCAAGCAAAGGUUUUACAUACCUCGACUUCGCUCAACAGUACGAAGUAUUGGUAAAAAAUGCUCAUGGUGCAAAAUUUAUCGUGCAUCUCCUGGUGUUCCUCGAAUGGCUCCGUUGCCAGCAGCGAGACUGGCAGCCUACGUAAAACCAUUUACUUAUGUGGGACUGGAUUAUUUUGGACCUAUUCUCAUUCGGGCUGGUCGGACAAACCAAAAACGAUGGGUUGCUCUUUUCACCUGUCUAACUGUUAGGGCAAUUCAUUUAGAGGUGGCUCACAGUUUGACGACGGAAGCUUGCAAAUUAGCAGUUCGACGAUUCAUCGCACGCAGAGGUUCGCCAUUGGAAAUCUAUUCUGACAUGGGAACCAAUUUCGUAGGUGCAAGUAAGGAUUUACAAAACGAAGUGAAACAAAUAGUUACUGGUGUGGCAUCUACCUUCACGAAUACGAACACUCGUUGGCUAUUUAACCCUCCCGUUUCUCCUCAUAUGGGAGGAGCGUGGGAAAGGAUGGUUCGUGCUGUUAAGAUGGCGCUUUUUGCUGUUCCAAUGGACAGAAAACCCACCGAUGAGUCGCUAAUCACGUUGCUGGCGGAAGCCGAAUUCAUUGUAAACUCUCGUCCUUUAACAUUCGUACCACUGGAGGCCGCGGAAAAGGAAGCUUUGACGCCAAACCACUUUUUGCUGCUGAGCUCUAAUGGAAUCUCUGUUCCUUCGAUUCUCCCGAUUGACGACAAACUAGCUUUGCGUAACAAUUGGAGCCACGUACAACAUAUGACGGAUGUAUUUUGGAAGCGUUGGAUACGAGAGUACCUGCCAGUCAUAACCCGACGAACGAAGUGGUUCGAUGAAACAAGACCGGUCAAGGAGGGUGAGUUGGUGAUUGUAGUGGACGACAAUGUACGUAAUGGAUGGCUAAGAGGGCGUGUGGUUAAAGUUUUGUGCGGACCGGAUGGACGUGUAAGAAUGGCGGAUGUGCAGACUUCUACUGGCGUACUUCGUCGACCAGUAGUCAAAUUGGCAGUGUUGGACGUGCUUGGAGUUAGUAAGACUAGUGCACACUAG